AUGCCUGGUAUUUAUUCGAAGCCCCCACGGCGCAGUGAAUUCGCCUCGGAUAUCUGUUGCUUAGUAGAAGCCGCAACAGAAUGCCUGCGCUGCGGCGGGAAUUUUGAGUCGUAUGUUCAAACUUUAGCAGAUGAAAUAGAAAAGGAGAGAAACAAAGCUAGAGAGGAAGCCGUGAAGGAAUGUGUUCCUCAGAGCGAUACCGUUGAGUUAAGUCUUGGCCAUGAUGAUGACGGGGCGAAGCGAAGGGCAAAAAUGCAGCUUUUUAUCGCACGGAAGGAGAUGGAAGUCGCCGAGGUUUUUUUUGAAUGCGGAGUUCAUAAUUUUUUCUGCAAAGUCAUAGAAGUACCUGAACAAGCGACCAACCCGGCUGUGUUCGUACAGCUCUUUAACGUAUACGAGGUGUUUCAGUUAGUGGAAGUUGACCCGUUUGACGAUGAUCUGGGCCUCAUGUCGCUUUUAACUUAUUUUCUCUCAGAGCGCCAUGCGUAUUACAUCGAUAUCAACUGGAAGGACAACGAAUUGAGCCACAUGCAGCUAUUUCUCUCUGCCUUGCUCCAUUUCAUUUCCUUCAAGGCUCCACCAGAAUGCAAUUCUACCCUCUCGCGCAGUACGGUUUCAGAUGCCAGUACAGAUGAGUAUCAAAUGUUUCUUCAGUGUACAGAUACCUGGGAUUUCUUGCAGCUUACUGCGAUUCGACUCCUUCGCUCCACUUUAUGGACGUUUCCUCCACAUAGGGUGCUUAAGAUGACUGCAUUGCUGUCCUUUCGUCUGUUUGCUUUUGCUGGCACAGGUGACGAGAAUGGCCUGCGUUCAAGCUUCUUUAGAUCGCUGUAUACGUGUACGACGCCCCCUCUCAAACCACGUCUGGUUUUGUCAGGUGUGCUUGUUCACCGCUUGCUCAGAUGCCCUUGCAGCACGUGCGAGUUCCACCGCCGUCUACUAAAACUUUCCAGAAACAGAGACGAAUUAGGUGUGCAGGGAGCUUCGGAGGCCAAACGCCAAGUUUGCUAUGCUCUCGUACGGGGUGGGGUUGGUCACUUCCUUGAACAAGCGCUGAAUGCGGCAAGGACAGCGGCGGGGAAUGCACAAGACCUGUCUGUGUCGCUCACCGGCAUCUUUCAAGCGGCAGCAUGGAUUCUUCUACUUUGCUCGUGGGCUUACGAAGAGGUUCACCAGGGACACAGCAUCUUGAGUGCAAAUCAAAUGAAACUGAUGAAAGAAAUUCUGGAGACACUGGAGUUCUUUUAUUGCCUUCCUUCUUCAGCGUUGGAGCGCUCCUGUGAUGACGCCCACUCAAGCCUACUCCGCGUGGUUAUCUCUCUGCUGCUAAGGGCGGGAGUAGCUGAGCGGAGGAGUAUGAUGCACAUGGGGAGACCGACCUUUGUGAAGCUCGCUGCUUCUCUCUGCUCAAAAGUCACCCAGCUCACUACACUCAAUUGCAGCGAAGAGAAGACCGGGGAGGACACUGGUGUGGAUUCUGAGCAUGAGCAUGCAGCUACCUGUGGUGAGCCAGUAGUACCCAGCUACGGCCAUACAUUCACGUUCAGCCAUUUAGCACACGAAACACCCCAACAUACUGGCCUCAUGGCAAGAAAAAGAGUUGCGGCGCUGCUGAACUCAGACAGCACAUCUGCGGUGGCAGUGAACGACGCCGUGCUAGACCCGAAGGAAAGGGCCCUCAAGUCCUCCAUGGUGCUCUUCGGCCUCAUGGUGCUCCUCUUUGACCCUGAAACUGGCGGCAGUUCUCUGCCAUGUCGCACUGCAACAGACCAGCUGCAGCAAAACGAUGAGCAGCAGCUGCUUCCUCCAGCAACCAUCCAACUAUUUAUGGAGUCCUGUCAAUCUCUCCUUGAGCUGUACGAGUACUUGCAUCCACGUUUUGCACACUUGCAAGACGCAUCAGAAAGGGCAGGGCUCUCGGACACCGUAGAUUUGGCAACUUCACGUGCACCGGAAGAGGCAACUGGGCAGGCGGGCUUUGACCCCAGGGAGUUCUUUCUGGGUGUCGUCGGGCUGAUGGCAGUUCUCAUGGGCAGCCUGGCGCUUCAAGGUGUGGAACAGAAACGCUGGAGAUUCAUUCCAAACCCAGCGGCGAACAUUCAGCCGGCGAAUGCGGGCGGUUUUGCCUCCGCCGCACGGGCCACCAUGACGCACUACAGCAAGAUGCAGAAUGAGACGUGCCAAACAAUUAAAAAACUCGCAGGAUUGGUGAUUCUGCGGUCUGAACAGGCAGCGGGAAUGGUGCUAAGGUCCCAGCACCUGUCUGCAACAUGA